AAACGCUGCUUUGACUUCCGGAAGUGCGUGGCUCUCAGGGAAUAUGGCGUACAGAGAAAUGCAUGUAUCUUUUACAGUGAUAGAUACAACAUACUCUCUUUGCAUUUUGUGGUGUUCUCUUCUAAUUGCGUACGCAGGCUUCGAAACAGCAAAUAGUCAGAAUGUGUUUGGUGCAAGUCAGACGGCGACUGUACCUAUCGCCGCCGCUAGGGACCUAAGAUACCUCCUGUACGAUGUCAACCCCCCAGAGGGUUUCAACCUGCGAAGAGAUGUUUAUAUCCGUAUAGCAUCCCUCGUGAAAUCUCUGAGGAAAAACGGUGACGACUGGGUCCUUGUACUUCCCCCAUGGGGUCGCCUAUAUCACUGGCAAAGCCCCAACAUCCACCAAAUCCGCAUCCCUUGGAGCGAGUUUUUUAGUCUUACCAGCUUACAGGCCAAUGUUCCUGUGAUAGAGUAUGACGAAUUCAUUGCAGAGAAUGGAGGUCCAUUCGUCGAUCAAGUUGUGGUCCUGCAAAAUUAUGCAGAGGGAUGGACUGAUGGAAAAUGGGAGGAGAAAGUUGAUCAACGGCCGUGCAUUGACAAGCUAAUGUACAACAAAGAUAAACAGGGCUACUACAGGGGCUGGUUUUGGGGCUUUGAGGAGACAAGAGCUCGAAACGUAACUUGUAUGUCGGCGCAAGGUCAUGCCUCCAUUAUGGUUCCAGUUCUGCAGAAGAACAUUACUGCAACCUCAGUAAUGCUUGACCGAGCAGAGACUCUCCUCCAUGAUCACUAUGCUGGGAAGGAUUACUGGGAUACCCGCCGCAGUAUGGUGUUUGCCAAGCACCUACGUGUCAUUGGAGAUGACUUCAGAGCAAAGUACCUCAACUCGACAGAUGAUGGCGACCAUACUGUUUACAAUGAAGACUGGACUCGCAUGAAGGCCAAGCUGGGCAGUGCCACAGGCGGCCCCUAUCUGGGAGUCCACUUGCGGCGAAAAGAUUUCAUCUGGGGUCACAGAGAGGAUGUACCCAGCCUGAAGGGGGCGGUCAAAAAAAUCAAAAGCCUUAUGAAGAAGCACAAAUUGGACAAAGUGUUUGUGGCAACGGAUGCGGAUGAGGAAGAACUAAAAGAGCUCAAGAGGUUGUUACCUGAGAUGGUGAGAUUUGACCCUUCCAAGGAGGACCUGGAACUCUUUAAAGACGGAGGCGUGGCCAUCAUUGAUCAGUGGAUCUGUGCCCAUGCCAGAUUCUUCAUGGGAACGUCAGUGUCCACGUUCUCCUUCCGUAUCCACGAAGAGCGAGAAAUCCUUGGUUUUAAUCCCAAAACCACUUACAAUCGUUUCUGCGGGGACACGGAGAAGGAGUGUGAACAGCCGACACACUGGAAAAUAGUUUACUGAUGUCACCAUUUCCUGCCACAAGUACACGCAAGUGCCAAAAAAAAACAGUGUUACUCUCAAUGUACAGUAUUACAACUGUUACUAGUUAAGAGGCGUUUAAGGACUUGUGCAAUCAGGUGCCAAACUGGUAGUAUUUUUAUUUUCAUCACUUCAAUUGGAAUUGUGUUUCAUGCUUCGUGCAGAUCCAGUUUUGGAAUUUUACAUUAUUAUUAUUUACAUUAUUAUUUAUUCUUCAUAUCCACCAUCAUAACUGAAAAAAAAGUUUAUGUAAGUACAACAUAUCAUGUUCUAUGACUUUAAUUUUCUUGUAAUGAUUUUUUUUUGUUUUUCAGCAUGUGGAGUCUGACUUUUUGGAUAUUUUGGUGGCAAUUUUGAUCAGUGGCUUAAAACGGGGUUAGCAUGUGUAUAAAAAUGUUCUGGAAACAGUGAAGUUAUCCCGGAAAAAGUAACCCCCCCCCCCCCCCCCCCUUUCAAAGUUGUGAAUGAAAGUCUAUUGUCAACUUCCGUUCUGGUGGGCAAUAUUACGGCACAACGCCCCUUGUGGCCACCCAAUCAAAUCAGCAUUUCUGCAACCCCAGUACAGUAUACUUCUAAUUGACUUUGUUGUAAAUUUUUCGGACUAGAGUAGGGUUGUUAAGCAGCCCUUUGGCACAUUUUAAAAAUACAAUUCAACAAGAAAAGUGGAGAAAAAAAAGCAGCAAUUUUAUGAAACACAACAAUAAAACCGUUGAAAAAUUUGGACUUUUUUUUAAAGCAUAAAGUUGAAAUAUUAACUUUUUAAGUUGUAAUAUUAGAAAAAAAUUUUUUGCAAUUUUUUAGAAAAUUAAAUUUGAGGAAAAAAAUGUUAAUAUGUGAAAAACAUCAUUACAGGAAUAACGUCACAAUGGUACGAAAACAAUUACAUGAAAGAAACAGCCAAAAUGAUAACAAUAAAAGCGUAGAAAAAUUUUGACUUUUUUUUUUAAGCAUAAAGUUCAAAUAUUAACUUUUUAAGUUGUAAUAUUAGAAAAAGUUGCAAUUUUUAGAAAAUUAAAUUUGAGAAAAAUUUUUUAAUAUGUUAAAGACAUAAUUACAGGAAUAACGUCACAAUGGUACGAAAACAAUUACGUGAAAGAAACAGCCAAAAUGAUAACAAUAAAAGCGUAGAAAAAUUCGGACUUUUUUUUUAAAAGAAUAAAGUUGAAAUGAAAUGAAAAUCCAACAGUGGAGAAAAGAUUUAUCGUAAUAACAAUUUUUUUUUGGGUUGACAAAAAUUGGCCCCAUAUCCUAUGAUUUUUACACCCCUGUCCUGCGAGACAAAACGCGCAACUGUGUCUCUAAUAUUGAUCCGUAUUACGUUAUAAUGCUGAAAGAAGUGGAAAGCCUGUAAUACUAAUAUUACAUAACAUUCCCCCAUAUCAUUAUUACCAUACAGUGUGUGUAGUUCUUGGGAAGAAAAGCUAUUUUUUUGCCAACUGUGAUACUUUUAUUCCCCGUUACCCACAAAUUUAGAUUAAAAAUGUGCAUCUUAA